AUGAGCUUCAGGCUGAAGACCAGAGCGGGCCUCUCGGACCUGCACUGCUCCGUGGGGCUGACGGACUGGGACAUGGACAAGGAGCUGAAACUGGCCACCACCACAGACCAGUUCUACCACGAUGACAAGCUGAGUGACCCCUACGUGGUCCAGAGGUCAGCUCGAGCCUCCAGAAGGAAAGAGGACUUCAUGUGGUACGAUAAGGCUUCAGACAGCUUCGUGAGGCCCAACCUGUGGCUGCUGGUGAACCCGAGCAUCGCCUGCCCGCUGCGCUACGGAGAACCCUCGGCCGGCCCGCGGAGGGCCUGCGACCCGGCUGAGGGGGUCCAACCGGCCCGGCUGAGCCCCGCGGAGACCCAGGUGUCCGGCCUCCACGGGGCUCCUCUGGGGGGGGAGCGGCUGCAGCCCGAGUACACGAUCACGAAGGAAGACGUCUCGUGUCGACCAGCGAAGAACAGACGGAAGGGAAGAACCCCGACUUCCCGGGACAAUAAGACCCUGAAGCCAGGGUCCUGGCCUCGUCCCCCUGUGAACUACUGCUUCCUCAUCGCCUUGGCGCUGAAGAGCAGCCUCACCGGGAGCCUCAAAGUGCAGCAGAUUUACAACUUCACCAGAGAGCACUUCCCCUUCUUCCAGACCGCCCCAGACGGCUGGAAGAACACCAUCCGACACAACCUGUGCUUCAACAGCAGCUUCCGGAAGACCUGCAACCAGCUGUGCCGGGACGGCAAGAGGAAGUCGUGCUUCUGGCACCUGACGCUGGACGGCCACCGGCGGCUGAAGGACGAGGUGCGCUCGCUGGCCGGGGAGGCGUCCACGCUGCUGGAGAGGAGCAUGGCCCGGCCAGAUGUGAUUCAGAGUUUAUUUGCUCUGUGACUGCGGCUGUAAAAAAGGAAUCGAUGUGUAAUUAAACUUGACGUGCCGAAUAUUACUUGUGUUAAUUUAUGAUUUUGUUUUGAUUUGCUCACUAAAAUAUGGAUGCAAAAUGUCAUCAGUGACAUUUAAACAUCCCUUAAAUGUGAUUUAUUAGA